UCGAGGACACUGUGUUAUUACUAGUGCCGGGUUUCUGGUUGUGUGUAACAGCACCAAUUUACUUAUAUGCUUUACUGCGAUAUAAAGAUAUCCAAGCACAAUGGAGCUGGAAGUGCACAAUGAAAAUGAGCAUAGCCGUGGUGCAGCUAUCAGUGAGAUUUCUGCAGAUAUUUAAGACAGAAGAUAUGGAAUGGAAAACACGACACAUAAGUUUAGUAAUUGAGGGUCUUACACUGAUACUGGCUAUAUUCUACAUCGACCGUGAGAGACGAAAGGGAUUUGUUACUUCCGGUAUUCAAACAAUCUACUGGUUCCUAUCUUCAGUUUGCGGCGCGCUCCUGGUUUAUUCCAAAAUGGUGAAACAGGACUACAAUCCGUCGUCAGAGGAAAAUGUGAUGAUGAAAUCUUGUCUAGCUCUAAGUGUUGCCCAGUUUAUUCUAACAUGGUUUGCCGACGCUGAUAAAGACACGGAAACAGAGAGAGAAUGUCAGUUGGGACGAUCAUCUUUCAUCUCACGACUGUUAUUUACAUGGUUUGAUGGAUUUAUGAGCCUUGGUUACCAACGUCCAAUUACUGACAACGAUAUGAGCAAACUAAUGCCAAGCGAAAACGCAGACGAUGCUAUUUCAAGUUUUGAAAAAGCUUGGAUUUCGGAAGAAAAUAAUGCGAAGAAAAACACAACAAGUAACAAACCUGGUAAGAUAAGUUUAGUACGUGUCAUUGUGAAAGCGAACCUAGAAAUAUUGCUCGCAUCAAAUCUUCUGAAGUUGGCAACACAAGUUUUCAUCAUUGCCAGACCUUUCAUCACAGGAUUAUUGGUGGCAUUUGCUGGUGACAUGAGUCAACCCGGAUGGAAAGGAUACGUGUAUCUUCUUGCCGGAAUUAUCUGUAUAUUUGGGGAUGAAUGCAUGAACAAUUACGUUCACCACCUCAGUCUGUCCACAUGUUUAAGGCUUCGACUAUGUCUAAAGAACGCCAUCUUUAAGAAGUCAAUGCGAAUGACGAAUAAAGCGCGUUCGGAAUCUACCAUUGGAGAAAUUGUUAACAUUAUAACAAACGAUGCUGGUCAAAUUCAACACUUUGUCGGAUUUUUCUUCUGGAUCUGGUGCGUGCCGUUCGAACUUGUUGCAAGCUUUUCGAUUCUGUACUACACUGUGGACUAUGCUGCAGUUGCCGGUGUCUGUGUUUUAGCCAUCGUCAUGCCCUUGAAUAUCUUCAUGGCAAGAAAUGGUCAUAGCUCACACCUUGAUCGUAUCAAAAAGAAAGACAACCGUAUGAAACUGAUGACCGAAAUAUUGAAUGGAAUCAAAAUCCUUAAAUUGUAUGCAUGGGAAAUGGCGUUUGGAAAGAAAAUAUUAGAUAUUCGUAAUGAAGAAUUGGCAAUCAUCAGGAAGCAGAGAGUAUUCGGUCUUAUUGGUGCACUUUGUUGGGGACUUGCUCCUAUUAUGAUGACGCUGGUGACAUUUACCGUUUAUGUUUCAAUCAGUUCUGACCACAUGCUUACUGCCGAAACAGCGUUCAGAGCCAUGGCUACAUUUGAAAUGUUGACGCACACAUUUAAUGCAUUGCCUCAUAUCAUUUGCCAUUUUCUCCGAUCUUUUGUGUCAAUAAGAAGAGUUGAGAAGUUCUUGAAUAAUGAUGAAAUUGCAGAGGACAUUGUCACUCGUGAGAAAUCUGAUGAUGCUAUUAGUAUUCAAGACGGCACUUUUACCUGGGAUGAAAAGCUAGGACCAACUUUAAAGAGCAUUGAUAUGACUGUUCCAAAAGGUAGUCUUGUGGCAGUGGUAGGAACUGUUGGAUCUGGGAAAUCAUCAUUAUUGUCAGCAAUACUUGGAGAGAUGAUCAAGGACGCAGGGGAUGUUAAUGUGAAUGGAAGCAUUGCGUAUGUUCCACAGCAAGCGUGGAUACAAAACAAAACUCUAGAAGACAAUAUUUUGUUUGGUAACAAAUACAGAAAACAUACGUACAAUAAUGUUAUUGAAGCAUGUUCCUUGACGAAAGAUUUGGAAAUCUUGCCAGGGAGAGACAAAACGGAGAUAGGAGAAAAGGGUAUCAACCUAAGUGGUGGACAAAAACAACGGGUUAGUAUGGCGAGGGCAGUGUAUUUCAACUCCGACAUAUAUCUCCUUGAUGACCCUCUGUCUGCUGUAGACUCACACGUUGGGAGACACAUAUUUGAUAAUGUAAUUGGAGAAAAUGGGCUUUUGAGAAAUAAGACAAGAGUAUUGGUGACGCAUGGUAUCACAUGGUUGCCUCGAGUCGACAAGAUAUUUGUUGUAGAGGAUGGAAUGAUCUCAGAGGCUGGUGCAUACCAGGAGUUGAUGGAUAAAGAGGGAGCAUUUGCAACAUUCGUGCAAAAAUAUCAAACCGAUGGCCAUAUUUCAGACGAUGAAGAAAACACUGUUGAAGUGAACAACUUGUUCUUUGAAUCUGACAGUGGUUACAGUACAGAAUCGGACUCAACAUCUAUAUCUAAACGAAGAAACACAGGAAACAAAGGACGGGAACUUAUCAGAAGAUCUAUCUCAAGGGCUAUAUCAAUAGAAGACAAACACAUUACAUACAAAGACAUAACUGAGAAGCAUAAAGAUAAUACGGUUAAUAAAUAUAUUGAAAUGGAAACAUUCGAUGAUAAAGCAAAGCUCAACGAAGAGAGAAUUAAAAGAGAAUCAGACAAAAUGUCAACAGGGAAACUUAUAGACGAGGAAGAAUUAGAGACGGGCAAGGUUCAAUUUAAAUACUUGGCACCAUAUUUCAAAGCGAUUGGGUUGCCACAGUGCGUGAUGAUUUUGCUUUGUUUUGCGGCAUUCAAAGCAUGCGAAAUUGUACGAAGCAUGUUGAUAAAGGACUGGACAGAAGAUAAAUCUUUGAACAAUCUGACUUUACUACCAGGUGAAAGUGACGAACGAUACCAAGAAAACCAAUACUAUAUACAAAUGUUUGCACUCUUUGGACUUAUACAUUGUAUCGCUAAUCUUGCUCAUGAAAUUUUAAUGGCUCUGGGUGUGUUGCAUGCUGCUAAAGUACUACAUGAAGGGAUGUUAAAGAAUAUCCUCCGUGGACCAAUGGCCUUCUUUGACACGACACCAGUUGGGCGGAUAGUACACAGGUUUUCUGGUGACAUUGAACCAUUAGAUGGGGUUAUUACUCGGCAUACAUCUGAUUUGUUACAAGGAUUUUUCGGACUCAUCAGCGUGUUUAUUGUUGUUAUGAUGUCAUUACCAAAGUUCAUCUUAGUGGCGAUACCUCUUGUUAUUGUGUACAAUGAAAUCCAGAAACGAUUUGUACCAGUACGACGUCAGCUGAGCCGAAUCGAGUCAAAGAAAGGAACACCAGUAGCAAGUCAUUUCACUGAAAGUCUAAACGGAGUUCAAGUAAUUCGAGCAUUUGGAGAGCAAAAGGAGUUUGCUGUUCAAUCAACAAAUCUUGUUACAAUUACAAAUGAAUCCCAUUAUCACAAUGAAACAGUAAAUAGAUGGUUGAACAUACGUCUGACUCUACUGAACACGUUUUGUUUUGCUAUAACGACAUACUUCGCUAUCCAAGAGAGAGAAUAUAUUAGUGGUGCUGUGAUUGGAAUGGCAAUCUCUUAUGUGUUUCAGCUAAACCAAUCAUUGGAGAGUAUUGUACGGAUAUCUGGUGAACUAGAGAAGGAUGUUGUCAGUAUUGAACGCGUCGGACAGUAUUCAACAUACAAACAAGAGGCACCAGAACAUACACAGACGGUACCAGAAAAGUCAUGGCCAGAGAGUGGCAAAGUUGAUAUCAAUAACUACUCCAUUAGAUACAGGGAUGGACUCGAUCUUGUACUGAAAGAUAUUAACGUCAAAAUCAACCCUGGAGAAAAGAUCGGAAUAGUAGGUCGUACAGGAGCAGGAAAAAGUUCCCUGACAUUAGGACUGUUCCGUUUGGUAGAGCCGGCAACUGGAAGUAUUCACAUUGAUAAUUGUGACAUCAGUGAACUUGGAUUGUUUGACCUUCGAUCCAACUUAACUAUUUUACCACAGGAACCUGUCUUAUUCUCUGGUACAUUGAGAAGCAAUCUGGAUCCACUUGACAAGUAUACUGAUGAGGAACUCUUUACAGCACUUGAACAUGCUCAUCUUAAAACAUUCAUUGAUUCUCUUCCAGACAAACUCAAUUAUGACUGUGGCGAAGGAGGACAAAAUCUUAGUAUGGGACAGCGGCAGUUGAUAUGUUUAGCCCGAAGUUUGUUACGGAAGAGCAGCAUUUUAGUUCUUGAUGAGGCAACUGCCGCAGUGGACAUGAAGACAGACGAGUUGAUACAGAACACAAUCAAGCUAGAGUUUAAAGAUUGUACAGUUUUGACAAUUGCCCACCGACUUAACACUAUCAUAGAAUAUGACAGAAUUCUUGUAUUAGACCAGGGAGUGGUAAAAGAAUUCGACAGUCCUAAAAUGUUACUGGAUAACAAGAAUUCUGCAUUUUACAGUAUGGCAAAGGACGCUGGUCUUGUGUGAAAAGAGAUUUUGAAAGAUUCUAAAAAGUGUGCUGUGUCGUAGUUUUAUCGAACUUAGUGUUACAGUGAACUUAGUGUUACAAUGAACUUAAUGAACUUAGUGUUACAGUGAACUUAGUGUUACAGUGGCAGCAAUGCUUACUGAAUUGUUCUAAUAUUGAUUUGGUUGUGAAGGGCAUUAAUUCUUUUAUGCAUGUAAUAAGGGUAAUUGCUAUAUACUUUUAUAACAUAUACGUAUUAAUCCAUUUGUAAAUAUAAAAUUUCUUGUAAAAUAAUAAUAAUGUGCAUUUGUAAACUUAUGUAUAUAUUUUGGUUUAUUUUCAAUUUUACGAAACUGCCAAUAAUUAUUCAUUUACUUGUCUCGUUUAUGUUAAAGACAUUGAUUAGAAUAAUUACUUUGUGCAUAUCUAUAUUCACAGUCAAUUUCUGUUCAUAAUAUUGACUUUUUUGUAGUUGCAUGUGCGAUGUUGUAAUACAAUGUAUUUGUUUAUAUAUUGUUGUUGUUUUUUUUUUUAAUAAAG